AUGAUCGGCCACCAGUUCGCUUUUUCCGCGGCGCCAGUCCGUAAAGUGAAGGAGGUGCAGUUUGGUAUCCUCUCCCCAGAGGAAAUUAAAGCUGUAUCUGUCGUCAAAAUUGAAUAUCCAGAAGUCAUGGACGAAACAACGCACAAACCGAAGUUGCAGGGCUUGAUGGAUCCUCGGAUGGGUACUAUCGACCGUAACUUCAAGUGUCAGACGUGUGGCGAGGGGAUGGCAGAAUGCCCAGGACAUUUUGGUCAUAUUGAGUUGGCGAGGCCGGUAUUUCAUCCUGGCUUCUUUAACAAAGUGAAGAAGAUUCUGGAAUGUAUCUGUGUAAACUGCGGGAAACUGAAAGCUGAUAUCACGGAUCCCGCAUUCGCAGAAAAGAUCCGGCACAUUCGAAACCCCAAGCAGCGGAUGGCUGUCGUCUGGGAUCAUUGCAAGACGAAAACUAUUUGCGAAGCAGACGAACCCCGAGAAGAAGGGGCUGAGGGUGAUGGUGAUGAGCCCAAGAAGGGCCAUGGAGGCUGCGGCCACCAGCAACCGCAGAUCAGGAAAGAAGGUCUCAAGAUGUUUGUACAAUACAAAAAAUCGAAAGACGACGACGAUGAGAUGAAAUCCUUGCAACCCGACAAGCGACUAAUCACACCGUCGGAGAUUUUGACGGUCUUCAAAAAGAUUUCUGACCACGAUCUGCACCUCCUCGGUCUUUCUGACGAGUAUGCGAGGCCCGAGUGGAUGAUUCUGACUGUCCUUCCUGUCCCUCCGCCACCUGUUCGCCCCAGUAUCGCGGUCGACGGAGGCACAAUGCGUAGUGAAGACGACUUGACCUACAAGCUCGGCGAUAUCAUCAAAGCUUCGAGCAACGUGAAGCGCUGCGAGGAGGAGGGUGUGCCUGCCCACAUUAUCUCUGAGUUUGAGCAACUGCUGCAGGCAAGUAUAUUCCACGUUGCCACCUACAUGGACAAUGACUUUGCUGGUAUCCCGCAAGCAUUGCAAAAGUCCGGUCGUCCUGUCAAGGCAAUCCGAGCCCGUUUGAAGGGCAAGGAGGGUCGUCUGCGAGGGAACCUGAUGGGAAAACGUGUGGAUUUCUCAGCUCGUACUGUCAUUACAGGUGAUCCAAACUUGGAACUCGAUGAAGUCGGUGUGCCGAAGAGUAUUGCCAUGAACUUGACAUACCCUGAACGAGUCACUCCGUACAACAUCGCCUACCUACAGGAACUGGUUCGGAAUGGGCCGACGACGUAUCCUGGCGCACGUUAUGUUGUGAGGGACACAGGAGAGCGUAUUGACUUGCGCUAUAACAAGCGUGCAGACGCUUUCCUGCAACUUGGAUGGAUCGUUGAGAGGCAUCUGAAAGACGGAGACUACGUUCUGUUCAACCGUCAACCCUCUCUGCACAAGAUGAGUAUGAUGAGCCAUCGUGUGCGACUGAUGCCUUAUUCAACGUUCCGUCUGAAUCUUUCUGUUACACCGCCCUACAACGCUGAUUUCGACGGUGACGAAAUGAAUAUGCACGUUCCGCAGAGCGAGGAGACACGCGCCGAACUCAGUCAGAUUGCUUGGGUACCCCGGCAGAUUGUUUCUCCGCAAGCCAACAAGCCCGUAAUGGGCAUCGUCCAGGAUACUCUCUGUGGCAUCCGCAAGUUCACCCUCCGCGACACCUUCCUCGAUUGGAACCACGUUCAGAACAUCUUGCUUUGGGUACCCGAAUGGGACGGUGUCGUUCCUACGCCUGCCAUCCUCAAGCCAAAGCCCCUCUGGACCGGAAAACAAAUCCUCAGCUUGACGAUCCCAAGAGGUAUCAAUAUUCAACGCGCUUCCGAAAACAAGUCCUCCAAUCCAGUUUUCGAUGACGGCAUGCUAAUUGAGAACGGCGAGUUCAUCUACGGAAUCGUCGACAAGAAGAUCGUUGGUGCAUCAGCUGGUGGUCUCGUCCAUGUUGUUUUCCGAGAGAAGGGCCCGGAGGCAACGAAGCAGCUAUUCACUGGUCUUCAAAUGAUCGUGAACUUUUGGUUGUUCCACAACGGGUUUAGUAUCGGAAUUGGCGACACCAUUGCCGACGCCAGGACCAUGGAGUUCAUCACGAAGAAUAUCGCGGAGAGUAAAGCCAAGGUGGCUCAAGUCAUCGAGGACGCCAAUAUGGAUCGUCUGAAGACCAAGCCGGGUAUGACUCUCCGAGAGUCUUUUGAGAGCGAAGUCGAGGGUAUCCUCAACAAGGCUCGCGACAGUUCCGGUCAGUACGCCCAGAAGCAUUUGAAGGAAGACAACAACGUGAAGCAGAUGGUGGUCGCCGGUUCGAAGGGUUCCUUCAUCAACAUCUCCCAGAUGUCCGUCUGUGUCGGGCAGCAGUCUGUGGAAGGUCGCCGUAUUCCUUUCGGUUUCCGUCACCGCACCCUCCCUCAUUUCACCAAGGACGACUUCAGCCCUGAAGCCCGUGGUUUCGUCGAGAACUCGUACUUGCGUGGCCUUACACCCCAAGAGUUCUUCUUCCAUGCCAUGGCCGGUCGUGAAGGUUUGAUCGAUACCGCCGUCAAGACCGCCGAAACCGGUUACAUUCAACGACGUCUCGUCAAGGCGCUCGAGGAUGUCAUGGUCUGCUACGAUGGCACCGUCCGGAACUCCUUGGGCGACCUUAUUCAGUUCGUCUACGGCGAAGAUGGUAUGGACGCGGCCUUCAUCGAAAAGCAGAACAUCGAAACCUUUGCGCUCAGUGACAAGGAAUUCGACCAUCGAUACCGCGUCGAUGUCAUGGACCCUGCCGGUGGCUUCACAGAGAAUGCCCUCCAAGUUGGUAUUGACGACAGCUCGUUAGAGCUUCAAAGCAAGCUUGAUGAGGAGUAUGCUCGACUUGUCGAAGACCGUCGCCUAUUGCGUAACUUCAUCUUCCCCCGCCGCUCAGCCAACGUCGACUUCUACCUUCCUGUCAACCUCCAGCGUCUGGUCCAAAACGCCAGCCAGAUCUUCCAUAUCGAUCGCCGCAAGCCCAGUGACCUUGACCCAGCCUACAUCGUCGAUUCGAUCCAUGAACUCGGCAAACGCCUAGUCAUCGUUCGCGGCGAUGACCCUCUGAGCAAGGAGGCCCAGGACAACUCGACAUUGCUUUUCCGAAUGCACCUCCGUGCCACUUUCGCUGCACGCAAGGUCAUCGAACAGAUGCGCUUGACCAGGGAGGCCUUCGAAUGGAUUUUGGGAGAGAUUGAGACCAAGUUCAAUCAAUCCAUUGCCCACCCCGGAGAGAUGUGUGGUACAUUGGCCGCUCAAUCCAUCGGUGAACCAGCCACUCAGAUGACCCUGAACACGUUCCACUACGCUGGUGUGUCCAGUAAGAACGUUACGCUCGGUGUGCCCCGUCUCAAGGAAAUCAUCAACGUCGCCACAAACAUCAAGACCCCUUCCCUCACCAUCCACCUCCAACCCGAAAUCGCUGUUGCUCCGGAACUAGCGAAGAACGUCCAGCAGGAGCUUGCCUUUACCUCACUGAAAACCGUCACGUCGGCAGUCGAAAUUUGGUACGACCCCAAUCCAACUACGACUAUCAUCGAGGAGGAUGAAGUGUUCGUCGAAUCCUUCUUCGCUAUUCCCGACGAAGAAAUCGAACGAAACCUUCACAAACAGUCACCCUGGUUGCUCCGUCUCGUUUUGGACAGGUCGAAGAUGCUUGAUCGCAAACUGACUAUGCAUUACGUUGCAAGUCGGAUUGCCGAGUGUUUCAAGUCUGACCUCUUCGUCAUCUGGAGUGAAGAUAACUCCGAGACGCUGGUCAUUCGGUGCCGUGUGUUGUCCAGUGGGGACAAAGACGAUCCCGAAGAAGUUGGGUUGGAGGAGGACAUCUUCCUUAGGCAGUUGGAGAACACUAUGUUGAACUCGGUCACUCUUCGUGGUGUCCGAGGAAUCAACCGUGUGUUCUUGACCGCUUCGGACAGGGUCACUCUUGCUCCAGACGGCAGUAUCAAGACCGAAAAGGGUGCAGAGUGGAUUCUGGAGACCGACGGUACCAAUCUCAAGGGCGUCAUGUGUCUCGAUGGUGUUGACUCAACAAGGACAUACUCGAACAACUGUGUCGAAAUCUUCACUGUCUUGGGUGUCGAGGCUGCUCGUGCGGCGUUGAUGAAGGAAAUCAGGAACGUUAUUGAGUUCGAUGGCUCUUAUGUCAACUACCGACAUCUGGGCUUGCUUUGCGACGUCAUGACACACCGUGGUACGCUGAUGCCCAUCACUCGACAUGGUAUCAACAGAGCAGACACCGGUGCCCUCAUGCGUUGCUCCUUCGAAGAGACCGUCGAAAUCCUCAUGGAAGCUGCCGCCGUUGGCGAGAAGGAUGAUUGCCACGGUAUCGCGGAGAACGUGAUGUUCGGUCAGAUGGCACCCAUGGGUACAGGCGCAUUCGACGUCGCGCUCGACAUUGACAUGCUCAAGGACGCCAUCGUUGAUCACAGGCUACCCGUCCAGUCGAUGUUGGCCGCACAGAUCGACGGCGCUAUGACACCAGGACAGGUUGCCAUCACGCCCUAUGCCACCAACUCUCCAGAUUGGAUUCAAGACGAAUUCUUCAAGGGAGAUUCAGGUCCUUCGGCCUUCUCUCCUCUGGCAUCGAACGGUGCUGAGGACACAGCCAACUUCCAAUACAUGUCAUUCCCCCAAAGUCCCCAUGGGGCAGGUGGAAUGUCACCUGGGCCUGGUUACAGUCCGAGCUCACCGAAUGCUUACUCCCCUACGUCACCAGGCAUGGUUCCUCGAUCGCCGUAUGGUGCACCCACAUCGCCCUUCAGCAACCAAUACGCUACCUCCCCCUUCUACGAUAGCCGCAGACAAGCGACGUCCCCUACCUAUUCACCGACCUCACCGAUUGCUGGAUUGACGUCGCCUGCGUACUCACCGACCAGUCCAGGCUUCUCCCCUACAUCUCCGAACGGUUAUAGCCCGCAAUCCCCCAACUUUGGGAGCCCGGCAUCACCCAAUUACUCGCCUGCCAGUCCAUCGUACAGCCCUGCUUCCCCAGCGGGAAUGUCACCCACAUCUCCCAGAUACUCGCCCGCCUCCCCCGGAGCUUCUCCUAUGUCUCCCAAAUACCCUCCCGCAUCUCCCUCCUUCUCUCCCGCAUCUCCCGCUUACUCUCCUGCAUCUCCCAAUUAUAGCCCCAGCUCACCGACAUGGUCACCCACCAGUCCUGCACAUGACCAGAAUGGGCCCACCAACAACCGCAGCUCUGCUUACCAGCAAUCCCCGUCAUGGGACAGCUAA